GAAAUGAGCGUCUUCGCCUCCGCCCUCAAGUCGGCGCUCGAGCCUGGGACCGGCAACAAGUUCGUGCUGGCGCUCAAUGGCGUCCUGCUCGCGCUCCUAGGCGUCAUCGCGAUGACCAUCUGGACGGGCAUGGAGGACUCGUUCCACAUGUACAUCUUCCUCUUCCUCGCCAUCGGGCUCACGGUCUCGAUCAACUGGUUCAUCCUCGAGGCCCGUGCGCUCCAAGCCGACGGCAAGCUCGACCUCAGCAGCCUGGACGGCGCCGCCACGCCAGCCAACAAGAAGCCGCUCGCCAAGACCGAUUAGCAACCUGCGACGACGACAAUGAAAUCGAUAGAAUGCACGACUAUGC